CCAGCAGAAACGGAAGUUAGUUAAGUGUCAACAACCUGAAUUUACAACUUCAGCGAAACUUCGCUGUGGUCUGAAACACUAGUUUUGGUGUAAUUUAUAUACAUCUGGCCGCUUUAGAAGUUAUUGGUGCAUUAUGGAGGAAUUUAUCUCCCAUCCGCCGUGGGAGCGGUGUGUUUUUGCCCUUAAAGUCGGUGGCUAGUUAAACUGUUUGUGGAAGCUAAGUUGGCUAACUUUAUCUGUCAGCUGACUCGUUUUGACAGCGAACCUUGUCGUAAUAUGCUCCGACGUUACUCUGUGCUCGCUUUAAACAGGCUUGUUGAUGUAACCACCCUGUGUGUUAGCUGGCGUUGACUCGUCCAGGUGUUUAAUUAGCAGCGCUGAUAAGGUGACCAUAGAACUUGGCUCGCAAUGUUCCCGCAGCUGCUUCCACCUUUCAACUAGCUGCCUCCCCUCCUCUGCUUUUCUCUCCCCCCGUCGCCCUCCGAUGGCUCACUGCGUCCCGUCCGAGCCAACCUCCAAGGUUCAGGCUCCAGAAAGUAUCCCGUCCCAGGUCAGCGUGGACCAGAGCAUGAGGCCGGUGCUGUUUGAGAUUUUCGGCGAGAUCUGGACCGUUCAGUCCAGGCUCGGUCAAGGAGUGUCGGCCUCGGUUUACCAAGUCAGCUCCGGCAGAGCCGCCACGGCCGCAGUGAAGGAGUUCCAGGGCGACUCACAGGGAGGGGACUACGGCUAUCACAAAGAGAGGGCCGUGCUGGAGGACAUCCAGGGGCAUAAGAACAUUGUUACACUGUAUGGCGUGUUCACCAAUCACAACUGUGUGGGCGUGGCUACGCGCUGCCUCCUGCUGGAGCUCCUGGAUGUCAGUGUAUCGGAGCUGCUGGUGAGGCGCAGCAAUGGAGUCAAGGGUGUAAGCAGACCCCAGAAGGGCCACUCCAUGUGGCUGGUGCAGCACUGUGCCAGAGACAUCCUGGAGGCUCUUGCCUUCCUUCACAGGGAAGGCUACGUCCACGCUGACCUCAAACCUCGCAAUGUCCUGUGGAGCGCCGACGACGAGUGCUUCAAGCUCAUCGACUUCGGGCUGAGCUUCAAACAGGGAAACCAGGAUGUGAAGUACAUCCAGACGGAUGGGUAUCGAGCCCCGGAAGCCGAGCUCCAGAACAGCCUGGCCCAGGCUGGGAUGGAGGGAGACUCCGGCUGCACAGCCGCCAUCGACCUGUGGAGCCUGGGCGUCAUCCUGCUGGAGAUGUUCUCAGGAAUCAAACUGAAAGACACCGUCCGCUCACAGGACUGGAAGGACAACAGCGUUGCCGUCGUCAACCGCAUCUUUGCCAGUAAUGGCGUGAUGUGCCCUGCCAUCCCAGUCUAUCACCUCAGAGACCUUAUUAAAAGCAUGCUGCUCAACAACCCAAAGCAGAGAUGCACAGCUGAAGCUGCCCUGCUCAGCCCGUUCUUCAGUAUCCCCUUCGCCCCUCACAUAGAGGAUCUAGUUCUACUGCCUUCUCCUGUUCUGCGUCUGCUUAACCUGAUUGACGACAGCCACCUGCACAACGACGAAGAGUAUGAAGACAUACUGGAGGACAUGAAAGAGGAGUGCCAGAAGUACGGCUCAGUGGUUUCUCUGCUCAUUCCUAAAGAGAAUCCUGGAAAAGGGCAGGUAUUUGUGGAGUAUGCCAACUCCAGCGACUCCAAAGAAGCCCAGCGGCUGCUGACCGGCCGAACCUUUGACGGGAGGUUUGUGGUGGCCACCUUCUACCCGCUGAGCGCCUACAAGAGAGGUUACCUCUACCAGACGGUGCAGUGAGGAUCAGUCUGCUCCUCCAUCCGCCUCAUUUAAAGAACAGCGCUGUGUUUUGGCCUACAACCCGUAUACUGAUACUUUCAACACCGGGAAGCAGAUGCAGACUUUAGAUUAUCAAGCCUCUCCUGUAGGGGAAUUGCUAUAUUAAUUCUACUCUUAAGGAGAUAAGUUAAAGUUGGAGUCCUUCUGACAACUCAUUUACAUUUCUAAGAUGAGUUUACAAUAAUCUUUAUGCAGCAAUUAGGAGCAAAAAUCAAGACUAUUCCCAUUUAACACCUCUGCAAUGCUUACAGGCUUAAUCUGCAUGUCUUCACUGUUGCGGAAGUUUUACAAAGCGCACAAGAGAUGAGUUGUUUAAAAUGCAGCAACUGCUUUGCUGAAACUCAUGCUGCUCAGCAAUGUUUCCAUGCAGAGCAGCAGCUGAAACUGGCUGUGAUGUUUGGUGUGCAGACACCCUCCCAGUGACUCUGCUGGAACAUUAACAGUCUGCUGCAGGAGAAACUGCACUCCGUUGCCUUUGAAUAGUGCAGUCAGAGUGGCUAAUGAAAACCCAUUUGACGUUGUGUGUCAUGUGAUUUAGAUGUUUUAGAUCUUCAAACUAUAUAAUCCUAAAGAGAAGCUGAAGGUUCACUGUGGUGGAAGCUAACAUGUGGUACUGUUGUUAUAGCAGUUUAUUAUUUUUAGCUAUUUAUUGGGCUAUGUUAUGUAUUUUAAGGUGGAGGCGUGGUACUGAGGGAUAUACUGCCCCCCUGUGGCUGCUCUCCUGCCUGAGCACAUGCAGGGCUACAGGAAGCUGCCCUGUAGCCGUAGAUGGAAUGUUUCCUCUGACUGAGCUUCCAUCCAGGAAAACUUCAUGUUUUCACUGUAGCACUGAAAACACCACAAGAACUAUUAUACAUCCUCAAUCCAGAGUUCAUAAGGAAGCUGUUUGACUCCUUUACACUCAUGUACUGGAUAAGUGUAGAAAACAUGUAUGGAAAAUAAUUUAGUUUUUUUCCUUCCAUCAAACCUUUUUCCUAUGGUCAUCCUUCCUGUCCUCUUCCUCUCUUGUUCUGGCUCUGAGCUGGCUUCCUAUGUCCUUCUUUUUGACAUAGAUUCUUCCACUCUGUUUCUUUCUUUGCCAUUUUUUCUUUGUGUCUUCAUUUCCUUCCUUUCAUCCUGCCUUCAGUCCUUUCAUCCUCUUAGUUUCUUGUUGCUGCAGUAGCAAUAUGAAAAACCUGCCCACUUUAGAAACAUCCAUCCAUUUUCCAUACCUGUGUGUUCUAGGCAGCAGUGAGGGAAUCUAGAGCUACAUCCUGGGCAGGCAUCCAGUUUAUACCGCAAAAAAAGAAAACUUUAAAUUUACAUUUUAAAAUGAGCAGAAGGAACAAAGAAGUUUUAGAGUCUGAGAAUGUCUGUGAUGUUUACACAAAGAUCAGGUAGGAACCCUGUAAAACAUUUACAGGGUUCAUUUACAGAAAUACAGUUUUUUCUAGUUCAGAAAAUGUUCUGACCAGAAGUAGAAAACGACUCAUAACGGCAAUCGGGAUUGCUGCCAGUUGGAAACAAAGCGUUGCUCCCGGUGCAGAUUUAAAGCGAACACAGUCAGCCACAGCAGAGAACCACCUACAUGACAUAAUGUCAUUCCAUAAACAUUGCUUUGGGAUGAUGGCGUUUUUCUUGUUGGCACCACUUUUUAUUUUCUUCACUUUGUGGCACCUUUAAAUGUUCCUACACAGGCUGCUGAAGUGACCGUGAGGAAGACAAGGAAUGUUUGACAAUCUCCUGGUGUGUUUGGUUAGUUGGUGCAAGAAGCAGUGGGUUGAUUUUUAACCCAGCAUUGUAGCAGAACUGUUCUGCAGAAAUAUGUGUAUGACAUAUCAAUAGAAAGUUUGGAUUUUUUUUUUCAAGCUGGCAAAUAGAAAGUUUUUUUCUUCUGUGUUUUCCAUCUUGACUGCUUCAAGCAGAUCACUGUGGAUGACAGAAAGCUGGAUAUUUUUGCAAUGUUAUGGACUUACUGUUGUAGAAUAAGCAAUUAUAAAACUCCUGGUUCAUCUUCCAAUUUAUGACAAGAUGUAGAGGUUCAGUAUCCAAAAAUUGUACUCAAGUAAAAGUAAUCCAAAAUAUAUCCAUCCAAGAAACUACUCGACACGAGUAAAAAGGUAUUCUGUUAAAAAUGUGACUCAAGUACUCAGUAACUGAUGAGAACAUUAAUAUAUUUUUAAAUGACAAACAAAACAAAGUUAUGUGCAUUUUCUAGUAUUUUGAAAAACCAAAAUGAAAAUAAUUAAUGCAAAUUAAUUACAUAAUUACAGACAGUUUAAGGAAGAACAAAUGCUUUUCCAAAUACUUUUUUUUCCGAAUAAAACAUAUUAAACUAAUACAGUAAGUUAUCUCUCUUUAUAUAAAGUAAAGUACUUCCAGUACAAUAUAUAGUGUUUACUGUCUUUUUUCACCUAUAAUUAUCUCUUCAGAAAAAAAAAUUAACAUCAGAACAACAAAGCUGGUGUUCAAACAAGAGGUCUCACUUCAACAUAAACUGUAGCUCUGCAUGUCUAUAUCUGGUACUUUUUUGGUUAAACUGUGUUUGUUCUUCAUUCGGUGAAGUUACCUGCAAUGGGUUGAAUACCCAGUUUUAUUUAAGUUAGAGCAGUGACACUUCAUAGUAACAAUACUCGAGUAAAAGUAAAACAUGUGGUAUACUAAAAAUACUACUAAAAGCACAUUUGUUUCCAAAAAGUUACUCAAGUAAAUCUGAGUAAAAGUAGUUAUUACUAUCCAGUUUUCAUAGGGGUUACGUUAUGCAUUUUUAUUAUACUAUCACAAGUGCCGAAUGACAUUUAAAAUGCUGUUGUAACGACAGGAAAUGGGUAGAGUAUGUUUGUCUGUUAAACAACACUACACACAAACUACACAGUCUAAUUGAAUAAUUAGUUUGAUUGAAGACAAAAACAAUCAGUAGAAUGUUGAAAUGAAUGAAUCUACUCCAUUACCACUCCUGUGUCCUUUGCCUUAAAGACAAGCGCCAUUUAAUCUCCAUUAUUGCUGCUAGACAAUAAGAAUUUAUUGCAACCUAUUUUAUAAAAACACAUUCACUCUUCACAUGCCAAGAAGGACAAUUAGUUGAUGAGGUUUAUUUAUGUAUUACAUAAACAAAUGGAGAUGUGAUAUUUUAGUUACAACAGAUCCACGUUUCAUAUGCAACUUAACUUAAGCGAUGUUGGAAUGUUUCUCCAAUUGCUUUUGCUAGAAAUAGGCUGAAAAGCUAAAGCACUGAUUAUGCUUAACUAUUAAAUCUUCCCUGAUUAGCACUGCUAACAAAUAGCCACUGUUUGCUAUGCUGUUGAGCAGAACGAUCGAACGAUUCUGCAAAAGUAAAAAAAAAAACCUUUUUGUUACUAAGAGACACUUCACCUGUAAAUUGACUAAAACAGACAGAAUGUGGGUUUGAACGUGUAACCCACCGAUUACAGGACAAACCCCUACCUCCUGAGCCACCGCCGCCCCUAAAUAAGCUGUGAUACAAUGAGUUAGAGUUCUCCACAAGUUUGGGGGAAAAUGCUUCCAAAAGUGUGGCAGUAUUUUCAAUAGCAGUGAUUUUUUUCUGAGAAUAGAAUCAUGUCUAUAGAGUUUAAGUAUCAGAAGUUCAAAAUGGAAAAAGUUUAUACCUAUACUGCAAGCAAAUCAGACUUUUUAAAAAGAUCUUAUGCACUUCCUUAGAUUGAAAAUAAAUCAUUGAUUUUGUUCAACAGAACUCCUUGAAGUUGGUAUGUGAUGGGAAAAGUGCAGUUUUGGUGUCAAGAAGGUUCUUCUCAAAUACUACUGUUUUUCUAUAAACCAUAUAGCUAUGUGUCUGAAAAAGAGCUAAUUAAAUGUUAUAGUCUUCCAUUGAAAGCAGUGGUGCAGUCAGUUCUGAAGAGCUGCUAUCCUGCCAGUCUUAGUUGUUUCCCUGGUUCAACACACCUGAAUCAAAUGAUGGAUCAUUAGCAGAACAUUGUCACGCUGAUGAGUUAGUUGGACUAUUUGAAUCAGCUGUUUUGGAAUGAAGACACAUCUAAGACUGGCAGGAUACUAAACCUUAAUCACUGGAGCUGGACACCCAAGACUUUAUAGUACUUGAACUAAUUUAGGAUAAUUGUAGUUAUGAAACUAAAGAAUUUUUUCCUUAGAAAAUUAUGCAAUUAUGUACAAGUAGAAAUACUUUUAGAUCAAUAUGACCCUAGGUGUAGUCUCCCUGCUGCAAACGUCCAUUCAUUAUUCCAAUUCAUUUAAUUUCAAAAAGACUUUAUUAAUCACAAAAGGGAACUUUAAUGUUUUAACUCAUAUUAUCUUAGUUUCUUCAGAGUUGAUGUAGAUGCUGAUGGUUGUGGGCUGUAAGGAUUUCUUGUAGCUAUCUGCAUCAUAGUAGCUUACUGAUUGAAGACGCCUUGUGGUUGCAUAAUAGUCUCACAUUAAAAGCAGAGGCAAUGUCACAUGGUGUGUGUGACAGUGCAUUCAUAGUAAUACAGGGUUAUACUAUUUUAAAAUGUCAAAAAUGAUUACAGAGCUGCCAUUUAAACUUUCUGUAAUAUAUUAGCAACUAGCAUGGCUAGCAUUAAAUAACAGCACUGAUGGGUUGCAUUAUCUAGAGAAUGUAGAUCUUUACCUUGCCUCAUAGAUUUCUAAGAAGUAUUCUUGCUUCCUGUUGUUGAAUGCUUGACUUUCUCUUGCUGUCUUACAGCCUGAAUGAGUAGCAGACAUGUAGCGACAUGUUUUAGCCGACAGCUUCCUACAUUUUCCUCACCUGCAAAUGGCAAACUUUGAGUCUCCUUCACUCAAUAACAGCAUCCCCACUCAAGAGUGGUGGUGCCAGCAGGACUUGGCCAUGAAAAUAUUACAGGGAGAGAACAAGGUGAUCAGCCCCAUCAUGUUCUUCAUUAGAAGAGCUGACUGCUAUAUGGGAACCUGAAGAAUUACAUAACUCUUUAAGGAAGGUUUAGACUGUGCGAGAUAUAUUCUGUGCUCAGACAUGUGUGUUAUAGCUGUGACUAGACUGAGUAUGUUUUAGUGUCUCAGUGUUUGUAAGAACUGCUGAUUCAGGGAUGUAUUUGAACAUGUGACUUGCUGACAGGCGAGGGCUUUAGCAAAGCAUUUUGCAGUUUGGUCGUUUCUUUAGAACAGCAGUAGUUUCUUACAACUCCGCUUUAGACAAAAUUUAGUGUGAAACACAUUAUCUGAAAACCAAAGUCUAAAAGAUCAUUUGAUCAGCUGACUGAACACUUCCAAGGGAACAUUAUGGGUUGUUCACACAGAGUGACUAAAAAGGAGAUUGGAAUUAUGCAGAAUUGCCUCAUUGCCUUUUCUGUUGUGCCUGGUUCACAGGGCAGGACUUUUAAGUUGUCGACCAAUUUUCAAAACCCGAGAGACACAUACAAUAAUAAAAUCUUAAACGUUGAUCUCCAUGGCAGUAGCAACACACCACAUACGAACCAAUUUCACUCACCAACAUUCAGAUGUCAGAAAUCUCACAAAACAUCUCAAGAUCAAAUGUGAGUCCAGAGCAUGGCUGACGAGUUUGUGGACUCUUUUUAAUAUAGAUAAUAAUGAUACAAAAAAAUAUUUCCAACAUCGACUGGACUGUCUAGUGCACCAUGGCAGUUUUGUCUUCUGUGUAUUUUGUAUUCCUUUCUGUGUUUCUGUCACCUCGCUUUCUGAUUGGCUAAAUGUCGCAUUCAACAGGCUGGGUUCUCAUGUGUCCUUGGGGAAGACCACACACACUGCGAUAUCGGACCAAGACAAUCCAGUGUGCUGAAUAUGUCGACAUAAGGUCAUAAAGUCCUUCUGAGCGGACCAGAUCACUCUUAAAACACCACACAUGACAGGAAUAUCUCUUAUGAUCAUAAGAGAUAUCACAAUAAUUGGGUGUCCUUAAGAUUGUUGAAAGGGGCAGCGGGGAUAAAAAUCAGCAUAAAAAUUUUGCCAUGUGAACUAGGCAUUUGUUGACAGAGCAAACACAAGAUUUUUUUUUUUUAUCACAGGAAGUAUCCAGCCCUUAUAUUGACGUUGUUCCCUUUGGAGAAAGACUUUGGAUAAGUUUUGACUCUCAUCUGGAGAUACUGGCAUACAAAAUCUCCAAGUGUAGCAGAGGCUAAGUGUUGCAAGUUUGCAGAUAUGCUGCCAAGAACUGCUCAAACUCUUUGAAGUUUUGACAGUUUACGUACAUUCAAGUUGGGGGAGCCUUUGAGAAAUUGCUCGUGCUGCCUACUUCAGCAGUUUACAGUUUUCCAAGUGUUAUUUGACGUCCCAACCUGCAGGCUUUGGAUGCAUUUAAAGUCGUUAGCAGGUUUGCACACAAACACUAAGCCACAGUAAUUCAGUGGCACAACACUGAAAAACAGGGAUAAAAUCACUCAAAAAACCAACCUAACCUAUAAUGUGAAGCUUUUGUUUAAAGAUUGAGUAUGAGAACUAGGGACAUCUAGUGGCUUAAUUUUUAUAUUGCAGCAAAUGCUGAAUGCUUCCUACUCCUUGUAUGUGUGGGAAAGGUUUUUUUGUUGUUGUUGAAAGAAAAUUAAAAAUGUUGACAAGUUUGUCUUGGGCCUCUGUAAAAAUGGCAGCCCAGUCACUAUGCAUUAAAAUCAAUAUAAUAGUGAUUAUUAUAAGAGUUUUCUGCUCAUUUAACAGCAGUCUAAAAGAGGGAUCUGGUAGGCCUGGUAGUUUACGCAUGUCUUGAUUUUUCUCUUCCUAUGCAUGAUGUGUUUGGAUUAACAAUGUCAAAAUCCAACUGCACAAGUUCUGGCGUUUCAGACCCUAAGUGAGAAAACGAGCAAUAAAAGACGCUACAUUAGUCUUUCCACAUGGAGAUCCCUCCUCCACAGUUUUCAGACUGUCUGGAAUGAGAUCUCUUCUCAUAUCCUUUCUUUGUGAAAGGCAAAAAUAUUCUCUAUAAUAUUUACUUGUCCCCUCCUCAUGUUUUCUACUCAGAUAACCUAAUAAAACACACAGUCUGGUUCAGACAUCAACAUGCCUGUGUCUCCCAGGCUACUGCUGUCACUGGGCAUGUGGCAGGCGAAGACGUAGUGAAUACAGGCUGUUAAAUCUUUGUCCGUUAGUUGGACUGCGUGUUGCAAAAAGAUUUUUUGGAACCGUUUCAUAUUUUUGCACUUUGUUCCGACUUUAUGUGAAAUUCCAACACAAAGUAGUGCAUAACUAUGAAGAACUACUUUGUACUUUUACUUAGCUUAGCCGUUGCCUUCCCGUGCAAUUCCGCUCAAUUUUCAUCUCCUUUCAGUUCUCCGCCUGGGAUUUAUCUGGUUGAAAUUUAACCAAACCAAUCAGCAAACAGAAGGAGACGUUGUGAACAAUGAUAUAGAUUUACUGUGCUGUUUUAGAACUGUUGCCUGGCAACAUAGGGUUGUAGUUUGACAAUGUUGGUUGCAGUAAGUGAAUGAAACUGCUCAGUCUGUGUUGGCCACUCCUCCAUAUAUUGAGCAACUGAAGUCGGAGCAAGAGAGAGUUGAAGACAUUUUAUUGCUGGAAAAGAUCUUGUGGUCUUGUGGCCUUACUCCUCACCGGGUUGUUUACAGCGCACAUAACUUCCUGUAAGCUUCAUGAAGUUGGCCAUUACUUAUACCAUGGCUAAACGUUAGCAACUGGGUAAAAUUAGAUCAAUUAUUUAAAACUUCAAGAGUCCACAUCUCCAGCAAGCAAUCGUUUCUCAAUACGGCUGAGAGCCAAAAGUGUAGAACAAGAGGCUGGUUUACAACAGCCUGCCUUUUACUGCCCUUCAGCUGGGACCCUUUCAGGGUGAGUCUCGAGCCUUUCCACCCAUGCUUAAUUGAUUGGAUUUGUAAGACUGCACUUUGACUUGGCCAUUCUGCUUUGAUCUAAACCAGGAAUGAACAAUCCUAGUCUCCAAGGACCAGGAGAAAUGGCUCUGAUUCCAGAUUACAGGAACAUCUAAGUAGCAACUUCCUGUAGAUGAGAAGUCAGCUGUUUGAUUGACCCAGUGUCCCGCCUGAGGAGGGACACUGGGUUACAUCAUGUACCAUUAGGCACUGGUUUGUGUUGAUCUGUCACAUAAAACCUCAAUCCCUCAUUAAGAUUGUGCAGUGAUGGUUUGUUUACUUUAAACUGGGUAGCAUGUUCUAGAAACAGCUUUUCUAGGUCUCAGUUGCAGAGUUGUGUAUGGUAUUCCUUUGUCAGCAGAUACAAAGUGAAUAUUGUGUGUGUGAAGUGGAGACUGGUGCAAACCUUUUAUUUCUGUCAUCCAAGCUUAUCUCCUACACGCACAAUAACUGGAACUCGAUGAGAAUCCGAGCUCAUCUUGGACAGUUUUCACUUUGGCUUUUAAAAUGUCACACAGGAAGGAAGUUCUGCUCAGUCAAGAAUGCUGCCGACACCGAUCAGCUGAAGGUGACGUAGAGCAGUCUGGUUGUAGCUGGAGUUGUCCUAUUCCAUCUUAGGUCUCAACACUCUUUUUUUUUUUUUUUUUUGAAUUUGGAUGUGAAGCAUAUCUAUGAAAUGAGAAAAAAGAAACAUGCAGUGUUGCAUGGAAAAUGUUUCUCUCUUGUUUUCAACGUGGUUUAAUUGUUUUUUUAUUUUUAUCAGACAGAAACCAAAGGAAUUGUAGUCUAAAUUUUUAGGGAAGCAGAUUUGGUGACGACGUCUUUAAAGGUCAUUUACUAUCCUGCUUUGCACAGCCCUAAAAUGCCUUAAAAUGUCAGUAUUAAACCAAACCCGAAGCGCCUGUUCUACAAUGUGUCUCUUUUAUCUCGCUUCUUACAAACUAACAUGUGAAAGAAAAGUAAAAGGCAGCGAAGCUAUAAGGGUCAACAAAGCUCUUAGCUGGAUCAAACCAAAACAUUAAGAAUUAAAGGAGAAAUUGCACAUUAUUGAUAGUGACUGUUGGCAAUUCAAAAAUGUCUGAACCAUUCUAGACAGUCAGAAGACAAUCUGUGGCCUUGGAAGUCUUCCUCGCAGCCACUGUUUUGAUGAGAGGAGUAGUAGCCAUUUUGGCUCUUUAGUUUUUCUGAAAUGUCCCCCAGGUGAAAUGAUUGUUUUUUCAGCUCCUGCAACUUAAACAGAAGCACAGUGGACAAAGGUCACUAUACAUGCAACAUGUGUGAAACUUUGUGAGUUUAUCCUGCCCUCCAUUUGUGUGAAUUGUUGCACUCAUGCUGUUUGAGAAAAUCACAAUAAAACUUUUAAUGUGAA